UCGAUUUGUGACAAUUUGAAUAUAUCGAUCCGUUGCCUAACAGUUGAGUUUAGCGCACCAGACGGGUUUCUGCUUGUCCACUCCCUAAAAAGCCAUGUCAACGAUGGAUUGUAAGUCAUUGUACCGUGAAACAAUCGAUUUGGUAAUCUGUUUUAGGUGAACAUCCUCCACAAUGCGCACAGUGGGAGUCAACCGUGGGACUGAAAUAUUUGAACUUGAAACGCAGCACCUGUCAAUGUGUCGUUUUGAUUUAUUACAACUUGGACCAAGUCAGUUUUGGCAAAUUUCGAAAUGUGAUGAUUGCGAACAACCCCAUCAUGCGCGCCUAUGGGAAUGGUGAAUUCCUCGGUAUUUCAAAGGAUGUCUGCUGUGUUGAGGGCGUAUUUCCGAAAAAUCAGAACAUCGGUAUUCUACAAUUUGACCACGUCGAGGAGGCCACCAAAUGCAUUGAUUCCAGACCGGAUUUAAGAGAACCCCAUAACUAUGGGGGUUACGAUUUGUUUAUUCUACCUUUGUGCAGUCCAUCUCAGUCGUGGCCAGGCUAUCGAUUCAUUCAAAUUGAUGUCUACGAACCGAAGAACUCCGAAGUCUUUACGAAAUACGUGAAUGCGCUUGUUCCAAUAGUAACGCGUCACGGCGGACACGUGAUUGCCGGAACGACGCAAACUGGGUAUUUUAUGGGAAUGCGACGUCUGAGUUUCUUUUUUGUGGCUCAAUGGCGUAGCCGUGAGGCCUUUUUCGACUGUAACUCCGAAGCGGACUCUGUGUUUUGUCCUAAACCGCCGCCGCCACCACCAGAAGAUCCGAAUAUCGUGACGACAUAUGACCUUCGCGCACCUUUUGGGAUCAAACAAUGUACUUGCAAAUCCAAGAAAGUUACUCCGCUGCAACGUGAGUCUGGCGCAUCAUGUUCCUCACGUAUUCUCUUCGAACUCGACACCCAACACUUCGCCUGGUGCUGAGCUGUUACCAAGUUUAGAAACCUCAUAUGGAAGCUGGAUAGAAUCGUAUGCGGAUUCGCAAAUCCAGAGCAAACCACCUAUCUGGUUACCUCUAACUUGCACACUGUAGUGCAGCAACUAGUUGUACGACUAAACGUAUACAACAAUAUGCUCAUUACUUUCACUCUUAUUUACUUUCCUGUGUAUUGUUGGUAACCAGUAAACACUAUUAUUACG